AUGCAAUUCCGCACCAUCACCAUCGCGCUCAUCAGCGUCCUCGCGACCAUGGUCACCGCGGACUCCGAGCCCACCAAAGCCAACGACGCACACCCACGUUGCCUCGACGAGAAAGGCCAGCCGGCGGACGACCGUGUGGUUAUCUGCUGCAGCGGACACAGGAUAGUUGGAGCGUACUGCGAACGCUGCCCGGGCCGUACUAGCUACGCCGAGUCGAAACGACGGCGAAGGGAGGAAGAGGAGAGGGCGAUUGGAGGGGAUGUGCGGGAGUGGAUAGACGUGUUUGAUAUUUCGCAGGAGCGCAAUGGCUUGUCGAGACUGAGAAGAUUUGAAUUGGAGGUCGAGGAAAGUGAGGUUGAGGAUACUGGAGAGUAG